AUGUUUAUUCUCCUUCUAUCUGCGUUUUUGGUUGCAAGCGGAGGUGAUGCGCAAUUAAGUGAGGAGGGUUGUGAUUCGAGUGAAUUAAAAAUAUGCGUGGAUAUGACACCUCGUACGCCAGUGGGCUUACCUCGUACCAGAGAAGAACUAGACGCACAUUGCCUAGCUUACCAGACGGGCAUGACGUGUAUGGAUGCCUGGAUCAAGCGUUGCCUGCCAACUGACGGCCAAAAACUAGUACAGCAACAAAUUGGCGGCGCUCGUGCACUCAUGCGCUUCCUAUGCACUAACGAUACAUCACUUCGAAGAGAUUUCCUGAAAGAACCAAAGUGCUGGACAUUAGUGUCGCCUGAUUGGUCGCGAUGCGUAGAUGAGUUGCAGCUGGCAGUGCGUGACAUCUCCGAGCAAUCCCAUCAUAUUGUCUACUUCAAUAAGAAUACUGAGCUAUGCUGUGCUCGCGACGCUUUUGUGAUGUGUGUCUCGCUGGCUGGACGAGCCUGUUCGCCGUCUGCUGCGCACUUGCUGCGGCGCAUGGCGUGGGUGCUAGCGCAGGACGUGGCAGCGUGCAGCGCACAGCCGCGUGCGCACUGCGGGGCCGCGCUGCCUCCCCUCGCCGCCCCCACGCUCGCCGCCCUGUCUAGCGCAACCGCUCUACUCUACCCACACAGACUA